UGACUCUUCUGUGUAUUUUUGAUGUUGUAGAGAUUUUUCGAAGCUCUGCGGUGGCAGUGAUACGUGUUCGCUAAGUGGAUCCGAUAGUUCAGCGCUACAGCUGAAACGCCAAAAACAAGCAGAUGCAGCACGUCAGAGGUACCAACGGAUGACUGCCGAGGAGCGAAGAGAGGUCAACCAGAAGCGAACUGAGGCUCAGAAACGCAAACGGCAAAAGGACAAGGAGUCGAAAGAUAUUGAAGAUGAUCCGGCGAUAAACGAGCAAUUACGAGAGAAGCGAAUAAGGGCUCGUCGCGCCGAAGCGGCGAGACAACGUUAUCAGCAUGAUCCGGCGAUAAACGAGCAGUUAAGAGAAAAACGAAUAAGGGCUCGUCGCGCCGAAGCGGCAAGACAACGUUAUCAGCGUAUGAGCUCAGAGGAACGACGCGCGUACAAUCAAAGAAGACGGUUCCGACAACUUGGUAUUCAAGGUACUUUCAAUUAGCU